AUGCUUUGCAAGCUCCCGGAGUCCAUCUUCUCGAGACAUCGAGCCAAAAAUGGCGGCGCCCAAGAAAAAGUCGGACAAGGCCCGGCUGUCCUCGACCUUGACCUCCAAGUCCUCCAAGAAGUCUUCCGUCGACCCUCCCCGAAACCCUUCAAGCCCGCGCCCGAGGCCCUGCAGACGCACUUUGCAGAGAAGCACCUCGACCCUACCCACGUAUACGUCUGCCACGUGGACGAGAAGCCCAAGGACCUGAAGCGCAAGGUGUUCCUCGUGCCCGUGGCCAUGAACCUGGCCGUGGCCGCGCUCUUCCUCUGGCGCGCCCAGUACAUCCUACCCUACUACUACAAGCUCGCGCAAUCUGCCCUCGGCCACCCCAACGAAACCACGUUCGCCCCGGCCGACCACACGUGGCGCGAGAUCGGCUGGGAGCUCUUCCGCCGCGCCGCCGCCUUUACCCUCGACCUCAUUCUCGAGAUCUACGUCCGCCGCAGCCGCGAGUGGGACCGCGACCUCGACGCCCUCGUCCACGGCUCCCCCGAGCUCCGCCAGACCUUUCUCGGUGUCCUGCGCGCCGCCACCGCCGCCCGCCUCAUCGGCGAGAAGACGGGCUACCUCACCAUGAGCGGCCAGUGGGACCUCGACUGGGCCGCCAUGGUCUCGGCCCACCACCUCGAGCGCAGGCGGCAGGUCUUUGCCUUUAGGGAUGCCCUGACCGCCCUCGACAAGGAACACCUCUUCUUCCGCUGGAUCGAGAUUGUUCAGUUUGAGAGCACGCGGCCCGGUGGCUUCGGACCCGAAAAACAGACUGAAGUAGCGACCAAGAUCCGCGAGCUGUUCACCAGCGAAGGUGUCAACUUUGACGAGCUCUGGGCCGAGACGGUUGGGUCCGAUAGCAUCGUCGGCAUGUAA